GCGCGCGGUGAUCGCCUCCCCCGAGGAGGAGGCGCCUCGACGGGGGCCUCCUUUCUUGUUUUCUCCCCCACCCCCUCCCCCGUAAUUACAUUGGCUGCUGGAGGGGACCGGGAGAGACGGAGGAGGCGCCUCGCUGCCCCCGCGCGCCCGCCACCCCUGCUCUUUCCCGUCCUGGGCCAGGAUGACUGGAGUCUUUGACAGUCUGGUGGCUGAUAUGCACUCAACCCAGAUCGCGGCCUCCAGCACGUACCACCAGCACCAGCCGCCCCCGAGCGGUGGCGGCGCCGGCCCGGGCGGCGGCGGCGGCAGCAACAGCAGCCUCCACAAGCCCCAGGAGUCGCCCACCCUCCCGGUGUCCACAGCCACCGACAGCAGCUACUACACCAACCAGCAGCACCCGGCGGGCGGCGGCGGCGGGGGCUCGCCCUACGCGCACAUGGGCUCCUACCAGUACCACGCCGGCGGCCUCAGCAGCGUCCCUUACUCCGCCAAGAGCGGCUACGACCUGGGCUACACCGCCGCCUACACCUCCUACGCGCCCUACGGGACCAGUUCGUCCCCAGCCAACAACGAGCCUGAGAAGGAGGACUUGGAGCCUGAAAUCCGGAUAGUGAACGGGAAGCCAAAGAAAGUCCGGAAACCCCGCACCAUAUACUCCAGUUUCCAGCUGGCAGCUCUUCAGCGGCGUUUCCAAAAGACUCAGUACCUGGCACUGCCCGAGCGAGCCGAGUUGGCGGCGUCUCUGGGCCUCACCCAGACUCAGGUGGGGCUCGCGCCCUGUGGGGGCGAGAAGGGCACUGGCCUAGGACGCGCCCUGUGGGGGCGAGAAGGGCACUGGCCUAGGGGAGCAGGCGGGUUCAGGACCUCGUUUUUAGCGUGUGUGUUACGGGGUUUUAAGGCUGUCUAGGCCCGCGCCUCGGGCGGCCUCAGCUUCUAGGCCCAAUGCUGAAAAGCCCGAGGGGCCGCCGCGUGGGAGGGAAGGAAAGGGACCCGGUGGGCAGAAAGCCGCGCAUCUCUAGCUACUGAUUAAGCGGGCGAAAUAACUGGCCCUCCUGACCCCCUCCCGCUGUCACCGUCACCUCGGUGCACACACAUCAGCAGUCUUGG